UGUGCUACCGUUUUUAUUUAUAACACAGUAAAAUUAUUCUUUUUAAUUAUAAAAUUAUGUGUGAAAAAAUAAAAACACUACUUGAGAUUGGCAGUGGGAACGAUUCCAAGAACGCAAAACAGAAUUUUUAAACCGUCCAUUCAAUUAACUACAUAUUAAGUGAACGAGUUUUGAGGCAAAAAGUUAACGACAUUGCGUUGAGGUCAGUCAUUGUGCUCCUCUUUCUUAGGAUCAAUUCUCAUAUACUCUCAAAACUUGUUGCACUACAUACAAACUGCUUUUUUAAAAUAGUAACAGUAAAAAAGAAUGAACGAGCUAAAAUAAAAAGUUAUUAAACAUUUGUGGAUAAAUUAUUAUUUUCUGAUUUAAAGAAUGAAUUAUUUUGAACAAAAUAAAACGGUAAAAUCAAUAGUACUGGAAGAGUAUGGUAGUUAUGACAAAAUUAAUAUAAAAAAUAUGCCGUUAAAUAAUUUGGGACAUGAUGAUAUAUGUGUAUCAGUAGAAUUUUGUGGAGUUAAUUUUUGUGACAUUUUAGUAAGACAAGGCUUUCUAAGAGAAUUAACUACACCUCGUAUACUUGGAUGUGAAUGUGUUGGUACAAUAGAUAAUAUUGGCAAAAAUGUGAAGAAUUUUCAACUUGGUGACCGAGUGUUAUGUUAUGUUUGGACAGGUGGUCUUUUUAGGGAAAAAGUAAUAGUACCUGCUAUAAAUUGCUAUUUAAUUCCAUCUGAUAUUAGUAGUCAAGAUGCUGUGUCAUUACCUGCUAAUUACUUGACUGCUUAUAUAAGUGUUUUUACUAUGGGUAAUUUACAAUCUGGAGACACAAUCCUCAUUCACUCAGCUGCUGGUGGUGUUGGAUGUGCAGCUACUCAAUUAGCGAAAACAGUAAAUAAUGUAACUAUUGUUGGAACUGCAUCAGAAUUUAAACACAACAAGUUAAAAGAAAAUGGUGUACAUUAUACAUUGUCUCAUGAGAACUAUGUUAACCAAGCAAAAGAAAUUACUAAAAAUGGUUUUGACGUUAUAAUUGACAGUAUAGGUGGUGCAAACAUAGAAAUUAGUAAAAAUUUGUUGAAAACUUGUGGUCGUUUAGUUCUUAUAGGCGGAAGUACUUUUAUCCAUGGAGAUACAUUAAAUAUAAUUAAAACACUUUAUACUAAUUGGCAGACAAAAAAUAUUCACCCUCGUAGUGUAAUUGAAUUAAACAUAAGUAUAUCAGGAGUUCAUUUAGGAUUAAUAUUUGAUUCAGAUCCUCAAAAAAUAAAUAGUAUAAUGACAAAAUUAUUCAAAAUGUUGAAAAUGGGUUAUAUAAAGCCCAUUAUUUUUGAAACGGUUAAUUUUGAAAAUGUAAUUGAAGCUCAGAAACUUUUAUCUGAAAGAAAAAAUUUUGGCAAAGUUAUUUUAGCUUUAAAGUAAACUUUAAUCUGUUUUUUAUUGAAUUUAGAUUAAGUUAGAUAAAAUUAUUCAGUGACGUAAACAGUGGUAAUGAGGGUAAACGCUCACCAUUGAUAAAAAAAAAGCAAUUAUUUUAGAUAAUAAAUCACAUAAAAAAGGGUUUAUAAAAUUGUUUUUUUGGUAAAUUUAUUUAUUUAAGUCUUAUUGCUGUAAAUUAUUGUUGAAUGGAAUAGGUUAUGUGUUUAAAAGAUUUAGAAAUUAUUCGUAAUAUAAUAGUAUUUAAUAUAAAAUGUUAAAACAUAUAAUAUAAGAGAUGUACAACGGCAACGGGUCACUUUACUCGAUAGACGGUGAAACUACGACUAAACUGUAAACAUGUAUACAAUAGGCUGCAUUGAGUAAAACAACAUAAUCGUAAAAGGAAUGUGUCCCUUUGACCUUGUACUAUACUAACAUAAGUAAAAAUACAUUAAACUGUUAUCUUAAAUAAUAUUACUGUACCCAGUGUGUUGUUUAAUAAUA